AUGAGCCGAUUAGCCCGCGCACUAGCAAAACCCUUCACGGUGCCGGUAGCCAUAUGCACAAGGCAUGUAGCGGCAAUGGACGAGCCGCUGAAGCGGCACAUCGACGUCUAUGAGGCCCGAGGAGAAGACAUCACGAUCGCCGUCUGGCGCGAGUAUGUGGACGGGCAGCGGGCGCUGCUGCCGUACCGGUGGGCAAAGUUUCGGAACGAGGUGGCGUAUCUGACCUCGGGGCAGAUGGCCAUCACGGACUUGACCGUCGCCGACCUUCUGGUCUUCGUGCGCUUUCUCACGAAGUGUCUCUUCAUCUUUAUCGUCGCCGUGAUGGUAGGCCGCCGCUCCGUCUUCCCGUCGCUGGAACCGACAUCGCCGUUCGUGGAGGAAAUUGUGAAGAACUGGCAACCGAACCGGCUGCGCGGGGUGGCGGGCGCGGAGUAUAUGGCGCGCAAUCAGACAGCAGCUGCUGGUAUGGCCGCGGAUACGGCGGAGAAGUCGCCGACCUCGUAA